UUAAUUGAAAUAAUGAUUGCUUGUUCGCCGUCGCCAUUGUAAAUACUUGUUUCAGAAGAAUUUCUUCAAGAAAAAAGUUGAUUUUAUUGGAAAUAUCGACGACAGUGAUCAAUAAUUAGUACAAUUUAGCUUUCGGAUAAAUUGCAUCAUAAACAUCAUCAUUGUAAGAGAACUUUUUCUCGCAAAAGUUGUUCAACAUGAGUGAGGUUGAGAAAAUGGUUGAACAGAAAUUAGCGGAAGCACGUAAAGUUAGUGAAAAGAAAGGAGAUAGUGAACAAGUCGAUUCAAAAAAGGAAUCUUCAGAGAAGAACUCAUCGGAUUCAAAAAAUGCCAAAGAUGGAGGAAAUAAGCAAGAUUUGAACGGUAAAGAUAAGAAACCGUCUGAUUCAGUUAAAAAAUCGGGUGAUAACUCCCAAAACAAGGAAAAGUCCUCUGCGCAGAAUUCAUCAAAUAAAAAUAUUCCUAAAUCUGACAAUUCCAAACCAUCGAAUGGGGACACAGCUAAGAAAACAAACGGUUCAACAGACUCUAAGAAUUCUAACAGUAAAACGUCUAGCAGUAAGAAUUCAUCCAAUUCAAGUAAAAGUAAUUCAAGUACUGCUGGCAAAAGUACCAGUAAAGACUCAUCCAAAAAAGAAUCUGCAGAUAAAACAUCUACAAGCAGAAGUACUCAAAGUAGUUCUAGUAAAAAUAGUAAUUCCGGAAAAAGUUCUAAUACAUCAAAUCAAAAAUCAUCCAAUUCAAGCGAUAAGAAAAAUAUCUCUAGUAAAACCAAUAACAAUGAUAGUAACAAGAAGGGAAGCAGUGAUAAAAAUAAUGCCAACUCUACAACAAACAAAACUUCAUCGGAUCGUAGCGAUAAAUCUAAAUCCAACAAAAAAUCCGAUCACGAGAAAUCUAGUAAGGAUUCUAAACCUACUGAUACUAAAAAUUCGUGGACUGAGGAUUUAUGGGAUAGUGAUAACGAAUGUUUAAACAGUGUAAAAAAUACGACAGAUGGCAAAAAUGGUCCUGACGUUCCCACAAAAACAGCUGAUACAGAGCGUGUGAAAGAUAAAUCGCGCUCAACAAGCAAAACAAAGCGUGACAGAUCUUUGAGUCCAAUAACUUUUAGACGUAGACGUCCCAGUACGUACAUAAGGCGCCGGUCACCUCCCCGGUUUGGAAGAUCUUCACCACGCAGAAGAUCACGUUCGCCUAUAGAUUAUCGCGAUUCUCGGCGCUGGAGCCCAAGAAGACGAUCGCGCAGUCCUGCGAGAAGAUCUCGAAGCCGACCUCGUUUUGAUCGAAGCCGAUCUCCGGAUAAAGCAUUAAUUGCGAAGAAAAGUUUUUUGGAUGAUCUUGCCAUUCAAUUUGCACUAGAAGGAAAAGAAUUCCCAGAAUUGGAGCAGUACCGAUGCGCUACUAAUAGUCAAUUCAUAUCACGUCCUCCCCAGAGCUAUUCACAACAUUCACUCGAGCACAUGUGUUCCGGGAACUUUGACGAGCCAAUGUUUCGCAUGGGUGUUGGACCACAAAUGGAGAAACCUCCUAUGAUGUUCCCAGGCCCGUUCAAUCCUAACCCAUAUAAUUACGGACCUAACGUUUUUCCGGAACCAGGCAUUGAACUUCCACCCGCUAUGGAUAUUCCUUCACGCAUCGAUAUUGGACACUUAGAUAUGCGUCCAGCUAUUGAAGUCCCAUCCCUAAUUUCCUAUCCAAUUGCUGGAAUGCAAGCACACUUGGAUUCUACUGAUUUCCCUGAGGCUUGUGACAAUGUGAAAGAACUAACCAGCUCCCAAUCGAAGGGCCCUUCUAAAAACAAAGUUCUUGUGGAAUCGGCAUCACCCGUAAAAAAAUAUGCACUGCUGGGAUCUCAACCGCCCGAAAAGUUCCCAAUAGCUAAAGUCAAAAGUCGCGUCCUUCAAGCGCUAGAUUUAUUGGAUGACUUAGAUUCUAAACUCAAAAUGACGGGCAGGUUCAGAUACCGGACCCCAACAUUUUACGAAAACGAUGUGCACGAAAAUCGAUCGCCGGUGGUGCAAAGCCCGACGAAUCCACAGUUUACGUUCAACAGCCGCACGGGCGAAUCCAGUGAUCCGUUUGGGAAUGUACCCCGUUCGCUUAAAGUAAUCAUCGAGCAGCUUCACCUGGACGAAGGAUUAAUUUCGCAGAAAAUAUUCGAUCGCCGGCAGAAACUUUCACAAGUUGUGAGCCGUUACCGGGAAAAAAUAGAACAAGAAGAACGACUACAGCGCCUGCUUCCGAAGGUAACGUUGCAAAAAAACACUCAAACCGAUCCGACGGUUUGCACUGACUGUCUUCUGAGAAUGAUCAAAGUUAAAACCAACAGUCAAACUCAAACUAAUAAAGUAUCUACUGUUGAUUCAGUAGCACAAACAAAUCCCAUGCCGGUUCAAACAGUAAGCGAAUUUGGUUCCAUAACCGAACUCACACCGAAUCAGGUGCGGGCUGUGAGUGAGCUAAUUAAAUACAUUAAGUUAACUGCUACAAGUGGAACUUUGAUGGAAAUGCGUAAUAGUAUGCGGGAUGACCAGGUGUACAACCUUAACAGUGACCUUCGUACGGCCUAUACGUUAUUUGACGCCAUGGUCGAGCAUAAGCAUCCCACCGAACAACCGCAGGAAAUUCACGAGGAUCUCGGUCCGAUUGACAACCAACAACCGGCGGACGAUUUUGAAGAUAUAGUUCAUUAUGAUAAUGAUAACGGUAACCUUCAUCAUCAAGGUCCAAUUGAUGAGUAUGAAGAGUACCACCGGAAUUUCUGUGACGAUGAGCAAGACACUGAUAUGUUUCAUCAAGAUCGAGGAAAUUUCACACAAGAAAACUAUGAAGAUAACGUCAUCCAGGAUGAUUUCGAUCCCAGGUUUGAACGGAGAACGCAAUCACGGAGGCCAAUGGAUUUCGAUAGUAACCCGAUGAACGCCAGAACAUUCAACGAUCAACCCUUUGGUCCAGCUGAUGGGAGCUUCAUGGCAUCCAGCCGCAACAGUUACGGGCGUGGCCGGGGAGGCGGAAUGUCCAAUGCGAGAGGAUACCCCCAAGCUAACUGGAAUUAGAUAUAUGUUUAAAACGCAUGGCAGCACCCAGGACGAGAUGAUGACCUUGGAAUUUGCAAGCUACUACUAGUGGAUGUCGAAAACCCAUCAUCGGGACGAGUGCAAUGAAGAACAACUAUGCAGUUAAACCGUAUUAAUGUAGCAAUUUUUUUGUAAUUCUUGAAACGAAAUAAAAGUUGAACUAGAUGACAUGAAAUAAAUUGAAAUAAACAA